AUGGCACCUAGACGUGGAGGUAGUAGCUCCAGCAGUAGUUACAGCAGUUCAUGCCCCGGUGCAUUCGAAACUACAGACUCAAGGGUGUAUCUUGCUUGCAUCGUCAUCUUCUUCGUGGUAUACCUCGGUAUAGCCCUCAGUCUUAGCGGAGCACGCAAGAAAGCUGGGACAGGGAAACGGUUAAUAGGAGCGCCGUACAUAGUCGCAUUGCUCUUCAUGCUCAUAGCUUACGCCUUGGACAUUGCGUCCACGGUACUGGUUGAAUGCGAAACUCUGGCCGGGUCCAGCUACUACUCGAUUGCCAUCGCCAUGACCGUGUUUUACUACUUGGCUUACUGGACAUUGCUGUUUGUCGUGGUUUACAUGCUCAACACGACACUGCGCGAUCACACAAUCGUAAUUAUCAAGAUCGUCUUGCUAGCUAUAGUCGGUAUCGUUUUUGCGAUCACUGCGGCUCAUAUCGGGGUGUCGAGCUGGAACCUCUGGGCCGUGACAGAUGCUGGAUACUGGUCUAAUGCACGUCUUAUCAUUCGCUCGGCCAAGGAACUGCGCGUGGCAUGGAGUGUAUUGUACCUUCUCGCCGUGCUCGCCGCAGGAGUUUUGGCGUUGAUGAGUAGCAGGCAAUAUGGAUCCAAACUCCUCAUCUGGGUUUCUGCGGUCAUUUUCUCCAUGGCCUUGUGGAGCAUCAUUGCAAUCGUCUUCGCGGCUUCAAACCUCACCGAUGGCUACCCAACCAUGACCUUUGAAACCAGCGCAGCCUUGACAUAUGUGCAGAGUUUUUUCCAAGCACUGAGCUUCAUUCUCAUCAUGUGCAUUGCAAAGCGUGGUACUUGGAGUAAGCCUACAAUUCCCGCAGCCAACACCACGCCUUAUACUCAAAACCAUCACGCCUACGCGCACGCAGCGGGACCGCAACAACCCUCCUACAAGUAA